UUUUUCUCAACAUACUGUGAAGGUGUGCGGUCUAUCCAUCUCCAAGCUGCAAAUAUAUCCGUUUGUAAUUCUAGUCCUAAACAAACUCCUCAAUCCUCACGAGUUGAUGAAUCAUCACUCUCUAGAAUCUCCUCUCGCUCAUCUAUAUUAACACGGCCUCUCAGUUUGUCUUUGUCCCAUGCAAUGCUUCACACUCUCGCUGAAAGAUUGAAUUUUUAUUGCUGUUGAGCGACAAAGAAACAUGUCCGACGGAGCUGAAGCUUCGUCCGAAUACUUGUUGGAUAACAUUGAUGAUGGUGAAGAGAAUCACAAUAAGUUCGAUGCUGGGAGCUGCAGCGAUGGAGACGGUGAUUAUGCUCAAGAUUCUCAUGCCAAAAAUUCGCCCUCUACUUCGCCCUUCUCCUCUCACCAAUGGCCUCGGAGUUACUGGGAGACGACUGACACUUACUCAAUUUCCGUAUCCCCAAAUUUUGGGACCUUGAAGCGUCGUUCCAGCUCUAGAUAUUCGUUUACUGAGGUUAAUAACAAUGACUACUUGCAGUCUGAUGCAAAAAGAAGUUUUCUCUCAAAAGAAGAAUCAAUUCAUGAGAAAUACGACCCCGAGAGCAUCUCCGUGGUGCGGCCAUCAUGGUCAGAGAAGGCAUCGUUGCACGAACAACUAUCUGGAGAGCUUCCGAUCAGUCGUGGAUGCAGUUUUUCUCAGACUAUUUUUAAUGGGGUAAAUGUACUGGCUGGAGUUGGACUGCUCUCGACGCCAUAUACAGUGAGAGAAGCAGGCUGGAGUAGCUUGGUAGUUCUGGCCCUCUUUGCUAUUAUCUGUUGUUACACGGCUUCUCUUAUGAGAUACUGCUUCGAGAGCAGGGAAGGCAUCAUAACUUACCCGGAUAUUGGCGAAGCAGCAUUUGGAAGAUAUGGACGACUCUUCAUCUCGAUCGUGCUGUAUGCUGAACUAUAUUCAUAUUGUGUAGAGUUUAUCAUUCUGGAAGGGGACAACAUAACCAGUAUAUUUCCCGGAGCAAGUUUGGAGUGGGGAGGCCUUAAUCUCGACUCAGUUCACUUGUUUGGUAUCGUGUCAGCUCUUAUUGUUCUACCAACUGUUUGGUUGAGGGAUCUUCGAGUGAUAUCAUUUCUUUCAGCUUGUGGUGUUCUUGCAACUGUAGUCAUUGUUGUCUGCUUGCUUUUCCUCGGGACUUUUGGUGAUAUCGGCUUUCACCAGACUGGAGAACUGGUGAAUUGGAAUGGAAUCCCGUUUGCAAUUGGUGUGUACGGAUUCUGCUACUCGGGGCACUCUGUCUUCCCGAAUAUAUAUCAAUCAAUGGCUGAUAAAACAAAGUUCACAAAAGCACUUCUAAUAUGCUUUCUGAUAUGCGUUCUACUAUAUGGAGGCGUUGCUAUCAUGGGAUUUCUCAUGUUCGGACAGAGCACGCUGUCUCAGAUAACUCUCAACAUGCCACCUGAUUCAGUCGUUUCAAAAAUUGCAAUAUGGACAACGAUCAUAAACCCUUUCACCAAAUAUGCCUUGUUGAUGAAUCCUUUGGCGAGAGGCAUAGAGGAGCUGCUGCCUGUGGGGGUCUCUGACAGUUUCUGGUUCUAUAUUCUUCUGAGAACAGUGCUCGUCCUCUCUACUGUUUGCUUCGCCUUCGUUCUUCCUUUCUUUGGUCUUGUGAUGGCUUUGAUUGGCUCUCUCCUCAGCAUACUUGUGGCGGUUAUAAUGCCUGCUUUAUGCUUCGUGAAAAUCUUGGGGAGGAAAGCGACCAAAUCACAGAUGAUGAUGAGCUUGAGCAUCGUCGUAUUCGGCGUGAUAAGUGCAACUCUUGGGACGUAUUCUUCUCUAUCAGGAAUUGCAGAUAGAUACUGAAGAUGCCGUUAUCUUUUACUCUCUUAAUUUAAAUUUACAUCUAUUGACUUUAGUAUUUAUGCAGGCACAUAUAUCAAUGUUGUAUUUAUGUGUACACACACCGUGUGGCAUGAAGAAUGGAGAGUGUGUGUGUGUUAUUGCAGCGCACAUAUUGACAUAUAUUAAUAUUAUAAUCUAAUUAGUAAUUAUUUUACAA